GCUUAACGUUAGGGAAUAGAAACACACGUGCUCCUUGGCGCGAGUCUGAGGGGUCCCCGAGCGCUCUUUCUUCGCUCCGCGACUCUUCCCCAUUGCAAAGAGUCAGAUUCUGCGAGCCUUGAGGAGAAGUCAAUGAUCCUGAGAUCGUCGUGGGAGACAUAAGAAUCCGCUUCGCGGAGCGUUCACUGUUCCGAGGGGUAUUCUCGAUAGCGCUGUUUCCGAGGUGCGUGGCGGUGUUGACUGCUGUCACUCUCCGGGUUUCGUCAGGGAUCGCACGGCAGGUAUGGGGAAAGCUCUCGAGUUCGAGUUUCGCAGCUUCAUGUCCUUGCAGAUGGCGGAAGAGAAGGGCUCCAGUGGUGUCGAGGAGGAAAUUUUCAAAGAUCUACACGCAGAUGAAAUGGACGACGAGGUGAUGAAGAUCGAGAGUCUGUGCUUGAAUUGCCGAGAACAGGGAGAGACGCGGCUUCUGCUGACGAAAAUCCCUUUCUAUAAAGAGGUUGUCAUCAUGUCAUUCCAUUGCGACCACUGUGGAUGGUCGAAUAAUGAGCUUCAGAGUGCAUCUGCUAUCCAAGAAAGAGGACAGAAACUAGACUUGACAGUCAGGUACAAGCGAGACCUGAAUCGUCAGGUGGUGAAAACAGAAUACGCGUCGCUGACGAUUCCGGAAGUGGAAUUCGAAGUCGCUGAGAAGUCUCAACCUGGCCUGGUGACGACAAUUGAAGGCUUAAUAGAUAGAGCGAUCCAGGGCCUCUCGCAGACGUUGGCAAGGGCUGAUAUCGACCCCGAAAGCCGGGAAAAAAUCAAUCAGUUCAUCAUUCGCAUAGACAAGCUGAAGGAGGUGGAGCGUCCAUUCCAUUUCAUUCUGGAAGACUGCUCAGGAAAUUCCUUCAUAGAGAAUCCGUAUCACCCCGAGAAAGAUCUGCAGCUGGUCGUCUCGCAUUUCUCGAGGAGCGCCGCACAUAAUUUGAUGCUGGGCCUCAAUCCCGAAACGGAAAAUUCAGCAUCGAAAUUCACAGAAGAGCUCAGGGACGAAGUUCACAGUUUCCCAACCCAGUGCCCAGAAUGUCGCGCUCCAGCUGAAAUCAAAAUGAAACUUACAGAUAUCCCUCAUUUCAAGGAGGUUGUGAUCAUGGCCAUGGUGUGCGAGGCGUGUGGGCACAAGACGAAUGAGAUAAAGUCUGGCGGCGGAAUCGAGUCUCUGGGUAAACGGAUCGAGCUGCGACUUGAGCGUCCGGAAGAUUUGUCGAGGGACGUUUUGAAAUCAGAGACCUGUUUGCUGGAAAUCCCUGAACUGGAGUUCGAGGGCGGCUCAGCUUUGAUAACAGGCAAAUUCACCACAAUCGAGGGUCUCCUCGAUGACCUGAUAUCACAACUAGGACGAGACAAUCCUUUUCUCCAAGGAGACUCAGCCGAAGGUGACCGAAAGUCGAAACUCGAGAAAUUCCUGAGCCGCCUGCAUGCAAUCAAAGUCGGUGAUGAACGGUGCACACUCGUCUUCGACGAUCCUUGCGGGAACUCUUAUGUGCAAAACCUCCUGGCGCCAGAACCGGAUCCCCAGUUGAAGAUCACGCAAUACGAGAGAACGUUCGAACAGAACGAGGAACUGGGACUCAACGAUAUGAAAACUGAAGGCUACGAGAGGGACGAAAAGCUGGCCGAGCCCCCCGACUGAUGACGGCGAGGAAUCAAUAAAGCAUUGU